AUGGACAGCGAAGAUGCUGAAUGUGACGAAGACUCGCAGGAUGCAUGGCGUCGGUUCGACGAAGCCGUGGAAGCACUGCGUUGUGCAAGAUGUACUGGCCAGGCCAAAGCGCCGGGCCCAGACCUUCUCGGCAGUUUGGAAAGCCUGGCAGCACCUUUCAGGGGCAGCUGCCACGUUCUCAUCACGAGCACUGCUGGCACAGCCGUUCUCGAAUUUGACUGCGAUGUUAGCCAGAGCACGACUGAGCUGUACCAUCAAGUGGCCGCAGCCAGCGAUGUGCCGAUUGACAAGCUUGGACUCAUGAUGCUGACAAAGGAUGUAGCUCUGCCCAAGGAUAGUUCCCAGGUGCUGUCGUACGGGUUUCGGGCUGGCUCUUCUGUCCAUCUGGUGAUGCUGAUCUCAGGCAUUCUGCGUCCUGACCAUUUUUGGGACUUUCGCGGUGCUUCCGCAGACAUCUGUGAUGCCUACGGUGCUCCUGUUGCACAUCUCCGAGGCGGCGCGACAUGCAGCCAGUCAGGCGUUUCUUUUGACGGCCGAGAAGCUUACGUUGAGAUCGACCCGUGGGAAUGGGACGGGCCGGUCACGUUUGAGGUCCGAGUAUGUUACAAUUCGUAUGCCCACCAGGCAGCUGUCCUUGCACUGGGUACACAACUUGCAGACGGACGGAUAAAUGAUCUCUUUGUCCUCAUGAGCUACACGAUGUUUGUAGUGCGCGAAAGCCCCCUGAAGUUCUCCAGAGUCAUCGCGGACCAGCCAAUUUCACUGGGAGAGUGGUAUCACAUUGUCGCAACGUCUGAAGCUGGCUCCACUGCCCUGUACAUCAACGGAUGUGUUGUCGGCAAUAUCUCAGAAGGAUCGUCUGCAAAGGGACUGCUUCGCAGUGCUUUCCUGGGGCGCUCCGUCACGCCGGGAAACUUUCUGGAUGGGACGAUUGCUUACGUGCGUAUUUGGCACGGGAAAGCUCUUCCGCAAAGCAUGGUCGAACUGCUUUAUCAGGCAUCGCUGCUUGAAUCUUGA